GUCCCCGGCGGUGACGUCAUGGCGGCGCCGCUGGUGACGCGGUGCGGCGGCUCUGACGUCAGGCCCGGCCCCCCGGCAGCAUGGCGGCCGUGCCCGCGCCGGCCGGCCCGCGCUGACAUGGACCUCAAGGGCCAGUACUGGACGGACGAUGACUCCGACGGGGACAAUGAGUCCGAGGAGUUCCUCUAUGGGGUGCAGGGGACGUGCGCCGCCGACCUGUACCGGCACCCGCAGCUGGACGCCGACAUUGAGGCGGUGAAGGAGAUCUACAGCGAGAAUGCCGUGGCCGUCAGGGAGUACGGGACCAUCGAUGACGUGGACAUUGACCUCCACGUGAACAUCAGCUUCCUCGAUGAGGAGGUGGCGACGGCGUGGAAGGUGCUGCGGACGGAGCCCAUCGUCCUCCGCCUGCGCUUCUCCCUCUCCCAGUACCUCGAUGGCCCCGAACCGUCCAUCGAGGUCUUCCAGCCGUCCAACAAGGAGGGCUUUGGGCUGGGUCUGCAGCUGAAGAAGAUCCUGGGCAUGUUCACAUCCCAGCAAUGGAAACACCUCAGCAACGAUUUCCUGAAGACCCAGCAGGAGAAGCGGCACAGUUGGUUCAAGACGAGCGGCACCAUCAAGAAGUUCCGUGCUGGUCUCAGCAUCUUCUCACCCAUCCCCAAGUCUCCUAGCUUCCCUGUUAUCCAAGAUUCAGUGCUGAAGGGCAAACUGGGCAUCCCCGAGCCUCGCGUGAACCGCCUGAUGAACCGCUCCGUGUCCUGCAUGGUGAAGAAUCCCAAGGUGGAAGUUUUCGGCUACCCACCCGCCAGCACCCAGGCAGGUGUUGCCCCCUUCAACAUCCUGGUCGGUGGCCACUGCAAGAACAUCCCCACGCUGGAGUACGGCUUCCUCGUCCAGAUCAUGAAGUACGCGGAGCAGCGGAUCCCGACGCUCAACGAGUACUGUGUGGUGUGUGACGAGCAGCACGUCUUCCAGAACGGCUCCAUGCUGAAGCCGGCCGUGUGCACCCGGGAGCUCUGCGUCUUCUCCUUCUACACCCUGGGCGUCAUGUCCGGCGCGGCCGAGGAGGUGGCCACGGGUGCCGAGGUGGUGGACCUGCUGGUGGCCAUGUGCCGCGCCGCCCUCGAGUCCCCUCGCAAGAGCAUCAUCUUUGAGCCUUACCCCUCUGUGGUGGACCCCAACGACCCCAAAACUCUGGCCUUCAACCCCAAGAAGAAGAACUACGAGAGGCUGCAGAAGGCCCUGGACAGUGUGAUGUCCAUCCGGGAGAUGACCCAGGGCUCCUACCUGGAGAUCAAGAAGCAGAUGGACAAGCUGGACCCCCUGGCACAUCCCCUCCUGCAGUGGAUAAUCUCCAGCAACAGAUCCCACAUUGUCAAGCUGCCCCUCAGCAGGCAGCUGAAGUUCAUGCACACCUCCCACCAGUUCCUCCUGCUCAGCAGCCCCCCGGCCAAGGAAGCCCGGUUCCGCACAGCCAAGAAACUCUACGGCAGCACCUUCGCUUUCCAUGGCUCUCACAUUGAGAACUGGCAUUCCAUCCUCCGCAAUGGGCUGGUCAACGCCUCCUACACCAAACUGCAGCUGCAUGGAGCAGCCUAUGGCAAGGGCAUCUAUCUGAGCCCCAUCUCCAGUAUUUCCUUUGGAUACUCAGGAAUGGGGAAAGGGCAGCACCGGAUGCCUUCGAAGGAUGAGCUGGUGCAGAGGUACAAUCGGAUGAACACGAUCCCCCAGACCCGCUCCAUCCAGUCCCGCUUCCUCCAGAGCCGCAACCUGAACUGCAUCGCGCUGUGCGAAGUGAUCACCUCCAAGGACCUGCAGAAACACGGCAACAUCUGGGUCUGCCCUGUCUCGGACCAUGUCUGCACACGCUUCUUCUUUGUGUACGAAGAUGGCCAAGUGGGAGAUGCCAAUAUCAAUACUCAGGACCCCAAAAUCCAGAAGGAGAUCAUGCGUGUGAUCGGGACUCAGGUGUACACAAACUGAGCGGCCGUGGGACCUCGGGACCCCCCGGGCAUCGAGUGAGCCCCGGGCAAGGCUGGGCAGGGGCCGAGCGGGUUUGGAGCCCCCCGGGCAGGGCAGAGCCAGGGCAACACUGGCAGCUCCAGCUGUACAUAGGCAGGCGUUGGGCAGCCUGUGAGCACCAGGCGGGUUCAGCGGUCCCUUAUCCCCUCCCUGUCCCCUUCCCACUGUCCCCAACCCUGUGGCAGCGUGGAGAAGGAGCCGUGGGCCCGGCGUGGCUGGGGGCCACCCCUCCUGGCGUUGGCAGCGACGGCGUUUUUAUCAGUGAUGAGAAACCGAAGCAAAAAAAAAAAAAACAACGAACAACCAAAACAAACCCAAAAACAUAGGAAAAAAAGAAAAAAAAGAGAAAAGGA